UGGGGCUUUUCCAUUUUCUAAGCCUCCUUCUCUCAGCCGCUCGGCCCUCACUCGUCUUCGACAGUCUCUUCGGCCGUCGACAGUCUCCUUCUCCGUCGAUGCUCUCUUCCUCUCGAGUCUCGAAGCUCUCAUCCCUCUCCGGCGUGUCCUCGACCACCCCAAUCUACCAUCCUUUCAUCAAAAUUUCUCGAAUCGAAUUCGAAUGAUCAUUAAGUCUUCGAGUGGGAUAAGAACACGAAUUCGAACAUGUGGGUUAGGGUUGAAUUCGAACUCGAAUAGCAAGAUAUUCGCUCUGACUCGGUCGUUUACCAGCCCGCUGUGCCCGCUGAAAACGGGUCGGGUAAGGAAUUUGCCACCAAUGUACUCAGCAGGGAUUUAGCUCACCGCGUCGUCUCUCUCUCAUCCUAGCCCUAGCCCUAGCCCUAGCCCUAGCCCCACCUCCGGCCUCGUCGGAGGUGAUCAGUUGUCGCCAGCUCGUCGAUUCGCGCUCCUUCUUCCACGUCGUUUUCGGGAUCUCAUGACCAUGUCAUCAGAUACUGAGGAUUCAGAUAUUAGCAACCCUGCAGGCGGCCAAAGCGUGUACCUUUCCCGCAAAAAAGCUAAAGAGCAUGUCGAGCAGCUGCAAAGGCUUCAAGAAAAGGAUCCGGAGUUCUAUCAAUAUCUGAAAGACCAUGAUAAGGAGCUUCUGGAGUUCAAUAACAAAGACAUUGAUGAGGAUGAAGAAACGAUUUUCGAGGCUGAUGAGGAAACUCAACCCGCUGUGGAGUCACAAAAGAAGCCAGAAAAAGCAGUUACAACUGCAAUGGUUGAUUCCUGGUGCAAAGCAAUUAAAGAAGAAAGAAGGCUUGGUGCAAUUAGAUCUAUGUUGCGGGCCUUUCGUUUUGCCUGCCAUUGCGGUGAUGACAGUGAUGUCACAUCACCAAAAUUUAGUAUCGUCUCGAGCAAUGUUUUCAAUAAAAUAAUGGUGUUUGUUCUGAAUGAAAUGGAUGGCAUUCUCCGUGGUUUGCUUGGUGCUCCAAACACUGGAGGGAGAAAGGAAACAAUUAUGGAUCUAACAACCACAAAAACCUGGACGAAACAUGGCACUUUAAUGAGGAUAUAUCUUAGCAACACACUUCACAUAUUGACAGAAAUGACCGAUGAGCAGAUGAUCUCGUUCACCUUGAAACGCGUGAAGGCAUCAGGUGUAUUUUUAGCUGCCUUUCCUACUCUCUUGAGGAAAUACAUCAAGGUAGCACUCCAUUCAUGGGGCACUGGAAGAGGUGCACUCCCAAUUGUGUCAUUCCUAUUCCUAAGGGACUUGUGUGUUCGACUUGGUUCGGAUUGCCUUGAUACUUGCCUCAAGGGUAUGUACAAGGCCUAUGUGAUGAAUUGUAAAUUAUCUAAAUCUGUAAGUAGAUCAAAGCAGCAGCACAUUCAUUUUCUUGGAAAUUGUGUAACUGAACUCUAUGGAGUGGACGUACCAAGUGCAUAUCAACAUGCUUUUGUAUUCAUCCGUCAACUGGGCGUGAUAUUACGAGACGCCCUUACUGUAAGAGGGGAUAAGGUAGUUAAAGAGAAGAACAACAAAAAACAGCGAGAUGGAAGCAAGAGCAAGAAGCAACUGGAUAAAGCAUAUCAGAAGGUCUAUGAUUGGCAAUUCAUCAGUUGUCUUGAACUAUGGACUGGAGUUAUUUGUGCCUAUAACUCAGAAGCUGAGUUUGGGCCUUUAGCAUACCCACUUGCUCAAAUAAUUUCUGGUGUAGCAUCUCUGGUUCCCACGGCUCGAUACAUCCCUCUCAGGCUUCGAUGCAUGAAAAUGCUCAACCGCCUAGCCGGAGCCACUGGUACCUAUAUUCCUGUGUCUUCACACCUUCUUGAUAUGUUGGAAAUGAAAGAGUUGCAUAAACGCUCCACUGGGGGUGUAGGUAAAGCAGUCAAUUUGCUUAGUGUUAAACAGGUUGACAAGACAACACUAAAAACUCGCGCCUUCCAGGAGGAAUGUACAUAUUAUUUGGUUGAAGAACUCGCUGAACAUUUGGCUCAGUGGAGCUAUUCUCCUGCCUUCUUUGAGCUGUCAUUUAUUCCACUUGUUAGGCUUCGAAGCUUUUGCAAGUCCACAGAUGUUGACAGGUCUAGGAGGGAAAUAAAAGAUCUUAUACGCCAGGUUGAGGCCAAUUCAGAAGUUACUAAUUCCAAGCGUGCAACUGCUGAUAUCUCACCAGAUUUAAUAGCCAUUGAAUCCUUUCUUAAGGCUGAGAAGGAGUCCGGGUCCAGCCCUCUUUCCCAAUUUGCUGAUCAAUUACGCCUGAGAGCUCAACAGAGGAUUGACGCAAUGGUGGAUUCUAGUGUUAUUGUGGGAGCAGAAUCUUCUAUAUUUAGCAGCAAAUUAUCUGAAAUUGAGGAGGAUGAAGAACACGAAGCAGAUGAGGAAGAAGCAAAUAAUGUCUUUAGCUCAUCCUGGUUGCCUGAAAAGAAAUCCAAGGUUCCGAAGGAAAAGCCUAAAGAAUCAAAGAAGCGCAGCCAUGAAGAGUAUGAGGUAGAGGGUGAUGAAGAUCUGGUCGAGGACCUGGUCUUGAGUUCAGAUGAGGAUGGUGAUGACAAGUCCAAAGUCGACUCUGCUUCUGAAGAUGAAGAUCAUCCCUCACUGCAACUGUCAAAUAAGAAACGAAAGCCCGACAACUCUUCUAAACAGAAUACUAGGAAUGGGAGGUCAGUAUCGAAUUCCUCCAAAAAGAGGCGUCCUCGUCCUAAGAAGGCAAGCAAAGGUUCAAAAUAAUAACAUGUGCAAAGUUUCUAGGAAGGAAAUUUUGAGUUUUAAAAUGGGGUAUGUUUAUUGAAUGUCUUGGUCUUGAUACUUUAUUUUUUAAUCCGUUUUUCAUUUGUUAUGAGUGUAAUUUUGUUUUUUGAUCUUGUGAAUCAACGAGAACAAGAAAGGUUUUAGCUUAGAAUUUUUGGCACUAAAAAUGUUAAUUCUUUUCUUUCUUUAUGGUUGUUACUAUGUAUUAUUUUAGCAAGGGAUACUCGGUCUUCAUUCUGAGGAGCCA